UUGCAGAGGUUGUCGCAAAAUGUCUGCCGCCGUGGAGUGCGACGAUCCCUCUGUCGAUAAAACAACACCAGAUUCAGAGGAAGAGGACUCGCACAGAUGCGGUACGUGUAAAUUGGAGUUUGGCAGUAUUGAGGACUUCAUCAAGCACAAACUGGACAAGGAUAAUUGCAGAGUUUUCUAUCAAAAGUCAACCAAAGACAAGAGAGUGCUGGUUCCCCGGCUCAUCAAGAAAGAAGCUAAAGAUGAUGAGGAGAGAGAAACAAGAGGAUCACAGAAAAGGAAAAGGAAAACCUACUUCUCAGUGGACCAAGAAAAUAUUGUAGAGAAGACAUCUCAUAAGUGCCCAAAAUGUUCUCGAACUUUCAACAGAGAGGCUACUCUGCGAAGACAUCUAGACAUAGAGCAUGAUUCAACAUGGGAAAUAGUGAAUGAUGAGAUUGGCCGGGAUGAGGAAGAGACAGGGAAGGGUCCUGCUGUCACCACACUCCUCCAGGCAGCAGCAGAGGAGGAGAACAGCACUGCCCCUGUAGUAGAGAUGGAAAGCCCUGAAAGCACUGUAUUCCAAGUGAAGAGAAUGAAAACCUCCUCAAAUGAAGACCGCCCAUUUGCAUGUGAAGUGUGUGACAGCAAAUUCAAAGAGAUGAGUGUGCUAAAGACCCACCUGCUAACCCACAGUGACCAGAGAGACUUCCCAUGUCCAUUUGAAGGCUGUACUUAUGCCUUCAAGACCAAGGGGUCACUAAAGAGACACGAGAGAAGGCACACUGGUGACCGCCCUUACAUAUGCCAUCUUUGCCAGAGGUCCUUUGCAGAGUCCGGGGCCUUGACCAGACAUCUCAAGUCUAGGACUCCUUGUACAUCCAAGAGUGAUGCAGAUCUUCCCAGAUAUGGCAGAAAAAUACAGAUUACUUCCGAAGAUGGUUCAGUGAUUUCAAAUGAAACAGCCAAGCCAAGCUCCAAGGAAGGUGAAGAAAAUGAGGACCAGUCUGUCAGAGUAUUAAGAGCCGCUGCCUCAGCUGCUGAUGGAGUGACCACUGAGAUGAUGACCUCAGACAACCCAGCUGUGUCCACUGCUCUGACCAGUGUGGAUGGUCAGUCUGGAGAGACCACUGUGGUCACCACUCUGACCUCAGAUGAGGCCAAGGGACAGGGUGAGGACUUCUCUUUGGAGGAUGGAGAGGAGGAUGACAAGUUUGAACAGUUGGAGCCAAAUCAGUGUAGGGUGUGUAAAGCAGCCCUGGCCAAUGUAGACACUUUAAUAGAACACCUGAAGACACACCUGUCAGGACUACCCUUCAGGUGUGGCUCUUGUAACUUCUGCACUGACAAGAAGGAAUACCUGGCGGGACACAUGAAGGAGAGACACAGGGCAACACUCAGGGAAAUAGGUCCAGACGGUAAUGAAGCGGAUGUGGUACCCACAAACCCACCUCCAAUGAAUUCCUACCUAUUCCGCCUGAGCAAGGAAGGUUCUAUGGCAGCCAAGCAGCUCCUUACUCUAGGUGAGAAAUCUGCUGUAGAAGACCCCUCUGCAGCCGGCUACAAGACUUUCAGCAAGUGCCCAGUGUGUGGCAGAACAUUCAAGGGAAGCAGUUAUCUCAAACUUCAUAUGAGGAGUCACACAGGAGAGCGCCCCCACCAGUGCCCUCACUGCCCCAAGACAUUCACCACCAAGGACACCCUGAGCAAGCACCUGACAGCCCACUCUGAGGCCAGGCACUACAAGUGUGGAGAGUGUGGGAAACUCUUUAAAAGAAUUUCUCACGUCAAGGAGCACCUGAAGAUACACACUAAUGAACGACCAUACAAAUGUACUUUCUGUGACAAGACCUUCAAGACCACAAAUGCAUGUAAGGUUCACCUUCGCACCCAUGGGUCUGUGAUGCCUUGGGAAUGCAAAUUUUGCCAUCGUCUCUUCCGUGAAAAAGGCUCUCUAGAACGCCAUGUCCGCACACACACUGGGGAAAAACCAUACUCCUGCCAGUAUUGUGGACGCAAGUUUGCUGAACAUGGUACUCUUAACAGGCAUCUAAAAGCAAAAGCCCCAUGCACCCAGCAGUUAAGGUCAGUACAGGAGACCCAGGAGGAGGAUGUGGUUCAGAAUAGCCUGGAGAAUAAUUACCCUACAGUUCUGGCCCAAUUCUCUUCUGUGGUAACUGACACACAGCACUAUAUACUGGAGGGACAGGAGGAAGACAUGACAGACACACAGCCUGCUGCUGAGUAUGUGGUAGUUGACAGUGAGAGUAACAUCCAGGUGCAGAACAUCGAGGUGGUCGGCACAGCCCAGGAUAACACCACACAGUAUGUCAUCUUGAACCAACCAGACGGGAACACCAUCGCCGUCGCCACCUCUGACCCAACCUCAAUCCUGGACAGUCUCUCCAGCAUGGCCUCCAUGUCAACCACGCCGACAAUGACUACGGUCACUGCAUCAGGACAGGUGCCGGGGCUGACCUCUGAUGAUGUUACCAUAGUAACACACAGCGAGGAGCUGCCUGAUGAUGUGCUGGAGGGACUUGUGGCGACAUCUGGUGGCGAGGUGACUCAGGUUGUGCAAGGACUUGAGACGCAUCCCGUGAAUAUUGAAGAUGCAGUGGUUGGCCUUGUGGAUUCCUGAGAUUCUCUGAACUAUGGAGAUAAAGUGGUUGGCCUUGUAGAUUCCUGAGAUUCUCUGUGAAUAUUGAAGAUACUGUGGUUUGGUCUUUUGGAUUCCUCCGAUUUUCUUCACUUCAUUAUGCUGUCCAUUCAUAGGCAGCUAUGAAACUUUUGAACAAAUAUUAUAGUACUGAGGUAUGGACAGGAGUUUUACUUUGAUAUUGAACGUCAUUCACUGUUAUUUCUGAUAGCAUUAGUAAUGAACUAAUUACAGUGGUGCUUUCCAAAUGUUACUGUUACAGUUGGAAAUUAAAUGUACAGUAUUAACAUUUUUUAAAUUAAAAUUUUCCAGUAACAAGUAUGAAAACAGCACGUUGCUGUGAAUUUUAUGUAUAUUUGCCAUGUAAAUACCUAUCACCAUUUCUUACUAGGCAUUGAAUAGUAUGUUAAACUUAUAGCAUUGGAGAUAAAAUGACUUUUUCAUCAGGCUGUAAAUAAAGGUCUCUUUAAAAACUGAAGUUUUUUUUUAUUGCAAGGAGCAGCUACAUUGGAUAGUUAGAGAGGGUAACACCUUUUUGGGAAUGGUAUCGACUUAAAUCGAGCAAAAUUUAAGUAUUUUGAAGGAUUCACUAAUGAUAUCAUGUCUUUCAUACUAACAUGAAAAGAUCAUUUCGUGCCUUCAAGUAUGGUUGCUAAAAACUUCUGUCAAACUUAGUCACCUGGAGUAAAUCAAGUGGCGUACAAACAAGAAAGCCAAUGAUACCCGUUUUUUUAUUACAAAAGAAAUGUUACUGUAGUAUAACUUGGUAAACAAUUGUUGGCUUUAGUCACCACAAGUAUUUCAGUUUACGAUGUGACUGCACUUUCCUCUAACUUGUCAAAUAUUUAUUCAGUCGUAUAGUCUAUUUCUGUACAAGAGUUAAAGACAGUAUUGCCUGUUGCUCUCUACAAAUGAUU